AAUACAGCGACACGAUGAUACGAGGACACGACACAAGGUUUUCAUUUACGUUUCAUUUUGAAGCACAUUAAACGAAGUAUACUCAUGAAUGAUACAAGAUAGUAUUAUGUAAAUUAUUAUGUAAAAUAUUUUUAAAUAAGUAAUUUAUUUUUGAAAAAAAUAAAAGUAUUAUUAUAUUUAGUAAAUAUGACAGAAAAAUUGCGAAGAUAUGAGAAAAUUGAUUUCUUAGGAGAAGGACAGUUCGCUACUGUCUAUAAAGCCAAAGAUAUCGAAACGUCCAAAAUUGUUGCUGUGAAAAAGAUUAAAGUUGGAAGUCGCGCAGAGGCUAGGGAUGGUAUAAAUAGAACUGCAUUACGAGAAAUUAAAUUAUUGCAAGAAUUAAAACACGAUAAUGUGAUAGGUUUAUUAGAUGUUUUUGGUCACAAGUCAAAUGUCUCCUUAGUAUUUGACUUUAUGGAUACAGAUUUAGAGAUAAUAAUAAAGGAUAGUAAUAUAGUAUUAACAGCUGCAAACAUUAAAGCAUAUAUGAUCCAAACUUUACAAGGAUUAGAUUAUUUACAUUAUAAUUGGAUACUGCACAGAGAUUUGAAACCAAAUAAUUUACUGGUUAACUCUGAAGGUGUUUUGAAAAUUGGUGAUUUUGGUUUGGCCAAAUUUUUUGGUUCACCUAACCGAAUAAAUACCCAUCAGGUAGUAACAAGGUGGUAUAGGUCACCUGAAUUGUUGUAUGGUGCAAGAUUAUAUGGUACUGGAAUUGAUAUGUGGGCAGUUGGUUGUAUAUUAGCAGAAUUGUUAUUACGUGUACCAUUUUUACCUGGCGAAUCUGACCUGGAUCAACUUACUAGAAUAUUUCAGACAUUAGGCACACCCACUGAAGAAACGUGGCCAGGAAUGACAGAAUUACCAGAUUUUAUCCAAUUCAAACCUUUUCCUGGUACACCACUAAAACAUAUAUUUACUGCUGCUGGUGAUGAUCUCCUAGAUUUAAUUGCUAGUCUAUUAAAUGUAAAUCCCUUGGAGAGAUGUACAUGUGAUCAAGCUCUUCAAAUGCCAUACUUCAGCAACAAGCCUGCGCCAACUCCUGGACCUAGAUUACCGCUUCCUACAUCUGUAAAACGUCAGCCAGAGGAAAAGCCUAGUUUAAAGAGAAAACUACUGGAAUCGAUGGAUGGUGCUUCCCUUGCAAAAAGAUUACAGUUUUAACCAUAAAUUCAGUUAGAUUUAAUUGUAAAUUGUUACGAGAACAAAUUCAUUGUUAUUGUUUCCUUACUAAUUUUACAAUGAAUAAUCAAUAUAAUAUGCAAUAAAAUGAA